UGGAUAAAAUCAAUAUGGCGAACGACUGGUUACUUUGAUGAUGAUGUUGAAUAGUCAAGAAUUUUUCUGUUUAAAAUAUGAUUAGAAAGGGAUCGAUGAGUCCUAAAAACAUUUUGAUGCUGAGUUUCGUGCUCUCUCUUCUUGGAUUUUUAUGGUUUACAAAUCAAUGCCUUGAAGAAUCAGUUAGCUCAAGUGAUAUGGUAAGGAUGAGCCACAUGCUUAAAAAACUGGAAAAGAGAGAGCUCUCAUUAAAAGAAAGAGAAGAAGAGAUCACGAAGAAACUAAAGAUCCUAAGAAUAAGCAAAAUUGACAGUCUGUAUCAAGAAGGCUUUGAUGACAUGCCAACUAUUUAUUUUAUCACCCCUACUUAUAAAAGACUUACACAAAAGGCUGACCUAACAAGACUGUCUCACACACUGUUACAUGUCCCUAAACUUCACUGGAUACUAGUUGAAGAUUCUGACAAGAAAACAGAUCUUGUUUCACGUUUCUUGAAAUCUUGUGGUGUUAGUUAUACACAUCUUGCAGUAAGAACUCCAAAGCAGCUCAUAACUAAAGAAGGAGACCCAAGGUGGUUAAAAGCCAGAGGUGUAGAACAGAGGAAUUUAGGCCUUAGAUGGAUAAGGCAAAACUUUAAGGAUGAUAUGAAAGGUGUUCUAUAUUUUGGAGAUGAUGACAACACCUAUGAUUUGAGAAUAUUUGAACAGAUGCGAUACACAAAGAAAAUAUCAGUUUGGCCCGUAGGCCUGGUGGGUGGGUUAAAGUGGGAAGGACCAAUCUGCAAAGAUGGAUCUGUUGUCAAAUUUUACACAAUGUGGGAACCAAGACGCCCAAUGCCUGUUGACAUGGCAGGGUUUGCUAUUAACGUCCAACUGAUUAUAGACAAUCCUGAAGUGGAAAUGGACCCAAUGGCCAAGAGGGGCUAUUUGGAGUCUUCUGUUGUUGGUAGACUGGCAAAGAGGGAGGAGUUUGAGCCAUUGGCUAAUAAUUGUAAACAGAUUCUCGUGUGGCACACGCAAACAGCCGAGCCAAAAAUGAAACAAGAAGAUAAAUUGAAAAGAGUGGGACGUGAGUCUGAUCCAUCCAUGGAAGUCUAAACAUUGGUUACCCGCUAACUAUGCUGGUUUUGUAUCAAAGUUUUAUUUAACUGCUUGUGGCAAAUUAAUGACCGGCGAUAUCUUUGUACUCCAAACUGACAAUUUAACGAGUUCUUAGCCAAAUUUUAAACUGAAAUGACAAGUUAAGUAUUUUGAAUUAAAAUGAGGCUAUUUUGGAGGAAGAUUAUUAACAAAUACAUUUCACACACUAGUGGCGGAUAA